AUGCCGCAGCCCGCAGCAGCCACAGCGUAUGGCUGUGGCCAGCCUUUGCCGCAAUACAACCUGGGCUCCUGUGCCAUCCCAGGUAUGGUGGCGCAGCAGCAGUAUUGGAUGCCCACCUUUGCGCAGCAGCCUCCGCUGGGCAUUCUGCCGGCACGCCAGGGCAGCAGCGCCUCCUGCGGCACCGGGUUUGGCAGCACGCCAGCAGCAGCACGGCAAGCAACAACGCACGAUGCACUGUGGCGGCAGCAGCCCCCGACGCCACAGAUGGCCCACCUGCCUGGACUGGGCAUGCCACCAGGGUACCCAGGGUUCCUGCCGCCUGGCAUCCUGCCGCCUGGCAACGCGUACCACGCCUGCGGAGGCGCUGCUCACGCGCCCUGCUACCCAAGCUUUGCGAUGCCCAACGGCGGGGGCCCAACCGGGCUGGCCCCGCAAGCAGCCUGGACCCUGCCUAAUGCAGUACCGCAAGCCGCUUGGGCCGCGCCAGCGUGGAUACCCGGAUGCCACAUGGCAGCGCCGCCAGCCGCAGGGAGUUACUGCCAGCCAGCACCGUCAAGCGCAGUGCCGGGCGGGUCCAUGCCCCCUGCGCCGACCGCCCCAGCCAACGCACCCGAGCCCAUCUCAAAGGUCAAGGACGCGUCGACGCCUGAGGUUGCCGCCCUCAAGCACGUCGCUGGGCUGCGUCGCGACGCGCUACCCGCGCUGCUCUCCAGAUUCCAUCGCGACUUGUCGCGGAAGCAUCCGAAGAUACGCGAGGCGCUCGGGCACACGACGUACACCAUCGGCGCAGCGAUGCAGGGUGACACGGAGCUCGGCGAGGCGAACGCGUACAUCGCCAAGUUCAUCGACACCUGCCUCGACGGCGACUCCGCUCAUGUCGCCGCGUUCCGCCAGCGGUAUGAGGGCGACCCUCGCCUGCUGUACGACGGUGUCUACCUCAUGGAGCAGAUCGCGAAACUCUACCAGAUCACCCACGGGAGUGCCGAGGCCAAGAUCGCCAAAAAGGAGUUCAAGAACGCGGUCUUCUUCACGAUGGGCAUGGACCUGGCCAAGUCGCGGGAGAACGGCCUGCGUCUCAUCAAGCAGUUCGAGUCCGUACCUGGCCUUUUCACUGGCCCGAUCGACACGUGGCACGCGAUCAUCGACAAGAUGCCGUCCGCGCUCAAGGACGACCAGAAGAGCCUCAGGCGCGAGAUCGACCGCUGGCAGGACGGGCACUCAGUGCAGCCGUGGACCAGCCGCGAGGCGCUCAUCGACAACAUCGCGCGCCUGCUUCUGGGCCAAGAGAGCGGGGGGCUCGAAGCUAGUGCUGCAGAGGAGCAGAGCGCGCGCAACGCAGAAGCAGCCGAGCAGCGCGCCUUCGAUGCCCGUUCGGGCGUCAAAAGAUGGCUUCCGCCGGAGGAGGGCUCGCCGGCAGCCUGGCAGAAGGCAUUCCAGCUGGCGUAG